UACGUGGACCGUGAGUGAAUUAACGCUCCACUUCCGCCUGGGAUUGCAGUGAUUUAAUCAGGAAGUGUGUAAUUUGGUGAAUCCCCGCGACUCUCUUUCGCUCAUUGUCCGGCCCGCGGCUGGAGUGGCGCGAUGUGGUGUGAAUUUGUGGGCUGGUGUGAGAGAUGCUGAAGGUGAUGUCGGGUUACAAUUGAUUGAAUAAUGAAGAAGACACCACAAAAGACUCCCGAGGGGAGCACGGCAUCGUGCACGGUGAACCUGGUGCUAUUUGUGCUCUGUAUCUCGUCCGUGGGCACUUCCUUCUAUGCCAACUUCCGCCAGUCCAUCCUCGAGGAUCGCGUGCGGUACAUCAACCAGCUGGAUGACCGCCUCAGCGUGGUGGAGGCCAAGCUGCAGACCAUGCAGCCAUCAGCGGCCUUCGUAGAGCCACCCUUCGGGGACGUGGCCAGUGUGGUGAGGAAGCUGUCGCUGGAGGUGGCCGGAAUCCAGAGACUGAGACGUGAUGUGUCACACUUGAAAGUAACGCGUCAACAGCGUCAAACCGCAAUUCAGCAAACGCCAGAUUGUGUCUGCCCUCCGGGUCCGCCAGGACCACCCGGAAAGCGAGGGAAGAAGGGCAAAAAGGGCGAUACAGGAGAUUCAGGACCAGCUGGUCCCUCAGGCCUCAAUGGUAUUCCGGGACCAAUAGGCCUGGACGGACCGAAAGGAGAAUCCGGAGCACCAGGAUCGAAGGGUCAAAAGGGUGAUCUGGGUGCGCUUGCCUUCGACAUCUUCUCGUCGAAGGGACUGAAGCGAUCAGUGACGACUCUGCGAGGCGGCUCAUUGGGAUACGCGGAGAUUGUGGCUGUUAAGGGCGAACCAGGUGCGCCAGGACCACCCGGAGAGCCUGGACCGCCAGGACAAGCCGGCGUUCCCGGGGACGACGGGAAGCUGGGGCCCGCCGGAGCGAUCGGGCCACCAGGAGAGAAAGGCCAAACCGGAGAAAUUGGAGCGCCAGGAUCGCCUGGACCGAAGGGUGACAAAGGGGAUCGUGGCAUUGUGACAACAAUCAGCAGCGAUCAGUUUCCGAAUGGCAUCAUCGAGGGUCCGCCGGGACCACCUGGACCGCCAGGAGAGCCUGGGGCCAAGGGUGACCGCGGCGAGGCCGGACCUGUCGGACCACCGGGUGGCAAAGGACCUCGCGGGAAGCGCGGCAAGCGGAUAGGGGCUGGCAAGGAGGAGGUGGAUUACGAUGAUCCUGUCACGGUGCUGAGAGGUCCACCAGGGCCACCAGGACCGCCAGGACCGCCGGGAUUCCAGGGCAAGGACGGAUUGGCCGGACAGAAAGGCGACCGCGGCCAAGUCGGUGAACCCGGCUCUCUUGGUCCGCGCGGAUUGGACGGUCUGCCCGGAGAGCCUGGCAUUGAAGGACCGCCGGGAUUGCCAGGAUAUCAAGGCCCUGCAGGCGAGAAGGGCGAGAGAGGCGACAUCGGACCACCCGGCCUCAUGGGCCCACCCGGACUGCCCGGUCCGCCAGGCUUCCCAGGACCCAAAGGAGACAGAGCCGAAGGUGUUCAACCCGAAUACAAAUUGAGAAAAAUGAGGAGAAGACAAGACGAUCGGAUGUCAGAUGCUCCAUCACGCACAAAUGUCCACAUCGAAUACUUGCGUGGCCCGCCCGGACCGCCGGGGCCGCAGGGAGUUCCCGGGCACACUGGGCAGCGAGGAGAGCGCGGCGCAGACGGCCGGAAGGGGGACUUGGGGCCGAAGGGCGUGAAGGGUGAUCAAGGCCCAAUGGGACUGCCCGGACCCAUGGGAGUGAUUGCCGAUGCCGACACCAUGACUCCAAUGCGUCGACGGAGCUAUCCUGCCAAGGCAGUCCCAGAAGUGGCGCAACUUCUCAUCGCUCAUGCGAUGGAUCACGAAUCUCCCUUUCCUUCACGGAGGCGUGAGGAACUGUCCAAGAUUCUGAAUUUCAUCCUCCUGAAUUCGCUGAUGAUUGAAGAGUUCUCAGAGGCCAUCCAGAAUGCUCCAAUUCGGCGGCUGCUCUUGACAGCGAAUCAGCGACCAAGUGCCGUGAAAUUCAGCCGAACAACUCGCCCAGAAUUCACCCCAGGACACUCUCAGAGGCUCCCGGGCUACAGUCUGCGCUUGUGUGACGGAGAAAAAUGCGCUCCAUUCACGUUGAGGAUUUAUGGGCCAUUUCCGGCUUCUUUCCUCGCGAUGGAGACUCUCUUUGCCGAAGCCACUCACGGAGGCUUCGCUAACGAGUCGGACGUGCCUCUGCCUCGAGUUUCACCUCACAUCAGUCGCCUGUCACUCGACAUUCCUAGAGGGAUGGCACGGGUUAACACAGGGUGGAAGCUGAAGUUUCAGCCUGCCUUUGCCACAUUAGCGGCGGCCUAUAUCGCUGCUGCUCUGCUUCAAAGAGCUUCUCGAGGCAGCAAAGUCGGUGUCAAGUGGCAUGUGAUAAACAUUCCUUUGGCAACAUCAAAAAGCAGUAUGGUUCUCCACACCAACACCAACUUCUCAUGUGAGAAUCAGUCGACAAGAGUCGUCUUUUGGGUGACUUUCCCUCGUGAACAUGAUGGCAGUCCACAGUCGACCACAUCGCUUCACGCGCUGAUAAUGAGAUUUCUCUCGGCGGAUGCUUUGGGACUCUCAGACGCGAUUCUGACUGCCAUCGAGUUCAGUACUCUGCUGAGUUUUGCCACUGUCGUAUCCUUCGCUCGCGAUUGUCACAUCGCGACAACGUGCGUGCAUCCCAGCGAAAGCUCAGGCGAAAGCUCACAAGGAAUCGCUGGUGACUCUCACGUGAAAUCAUCAAGAAGACGCCAUAGUGCGGUGAAAAUGGGGAAAUCUGACAAGGUCCCCGAGGAGCGCGCCACGUCGAGUUCAUCUCUUGUGAAUUGUGUGCUCUGUGUGCUGUGCAUUUCCUCAAUCGGUGCGUCCCUCUACUCAAAUGUACGACAGAACUACAUCGAAGACAGGAUACGGCAUCUGCGGCACUUGGACGACAGGAUAUCUGUGCUUGAGUCCAAGUUCCAAGACCUGCCUCAGGUUUUUGGCGACCCCGAUGCAGAUGUUGCGAGUGUCGUUCGGAAAUUGUCACUUCAGGUGGCCGGUAUUCAGAGAUUGCGGAGAGACGUCUCCCAGCUGCAAGUCACUAGACAUACCAGACAGGCAUCUGUUACGGGCGGGGAGUGCAUCUGUCCGGCAGGCCCACCAGGACCGCCAGGCAAGCGCGGGAAAAAGGGCAAAAAAGGCGACCCCGGUGAAAUGGGACCAGCUGGUCCAGCAGGUCCUCCGGGAAAGAAUGGCUUUCCGGGCGAUAGAGGCCAAAAGGGAAUCAUGGGCCCCAUAGGAUUAGAUGGACCCAAAGGAGAGCCGGGUAGACCCGGAGACAAGGGACAAAAGGGUGAUCUCGGAAAUCCAGGAAUUGAUGUAUUUCAGGCUGUUAAGGGAUUAAACUUGAAGCGCUCCGUCACGACACUUCGAGGUGGUUCUCUCGGUUAUGCUGAGAUCGUAGCCGUGAAGGGAUUACAAGAGGCAGGACACAAUAUUUCUGCAGCAACUGUAAUUCAACUUAAAGGAGAGCCUGGUGAACCGGGUCCACCUGGACCUCCCGGGCCGACUGGAUCAUCAGGUAUUCCCGGAUACGAUGGCAAAGCAGGUCAGCCUGGGGAACCUGGCCCACCCGGGCCGCCAGGAGAGCCGGGCGAGACGGGUCCCAUAGGACACAAUGGCACAGCAGGACUGCCCGGACCGAAGGGCGAUAGGGGUGACAAAGGCGACCGGGGACUAACGACAACGCUGAAAAGUGAUCAAUUUCCAACGGGUAUCAUCGAAGGCCCACCUGGUCCGCCAGGACCACCAGGACCACAGGGACCGCCUGGUGAGCGUGGCGAAGUGGGACCCUCGGGACCGGCUGGUCCACAAGGUGAAAAGGGACCCCGUGGAAAGCGCGGAAAGCGGCUGAAAUGCUUUAUUCAAGAGGGCGAAAAAUAUGUUAAUUAUUCAGAAGCGGAAAAUUCGACGAAAAUUUCCUCCAGCAAGUCAAUUUCCUCCAUGAAAAACAACACAAGAGGGAUGGAGCAUCAUGUUUUAUGUUCCACUGAAAACUGCACCUUGGGUCCAUUCAAAGACGAUUCAGACUACGAUGAUACGACUGUAGUCAGAGGACCGCCCGGUCCGCCAGGAGAUCCAGGAACACCCGGAAAGGAUGGGGAACAUGGUCUGAAGGGUGAUGCAGGAGAACCCGGUGAGCCCGGAUCUUUGGGUCCUCGAGGUCUAGACGGUUUACCAGGUGAGCCAGGAAUCGAGGGACCGCCCGGUCUUCCCGGCUACCAAGGUCCACCAGGCGAGAAGGGCGACCGAGGUGAUAUUGGCCCACCAGGCCUCAUGGGACCGCCUGGCCUGCCCGGGCCUCCCGGCUAUCCAGGCUCUAAAGGCGACAAGGGGGAUCGCGGAGACUCCUAUCGGAAGAUGAGACGUCGUCAGGACGAUGGAAUGGCAGACGCGCCGCACACCCCAAUAGAAUAUAUUAUCGGACCCGCUGGUCCGCCGGGACCUGCAGGAGUUCCCGGCCGAGUUGGUCCACAGGGUGAGCGAGGCCUGGACGGCAGGAAGGGCGACCGAGGCGAGAAGGGCCACAAGGGCGAUUCCGGACCCAUGGGACUGCCAGGCCCAAUGGGCUUCCGAGGGGAUUCCGGCCCCAUAGGCCCCGUGGGUAGACCCGGCCAAACGGGUCCACCCGGUCUGGAUGGCAUGAAGGGCGCCCAGGGGGAGACGGGGUCCAAAGGUGAACGAGGCGAUCCGGGAUUGCCGGGCACAGACGGGAUUCCGGGCCACGAGGGACCACGUGGGGAGCGUGGCAUUAAAGGGGAACCCGGGCCAUCCGGCAAGAGAGGCCGAAAAGGAGAUCGAGGGGACAAAGGCGACCAAGGCGUUCCGGGACUAGACGCGCCGUGUCCUCUGGGCACGGAUGGACUACCUCUGCCAGGAUGUGGCUGGCGCCCACCGAAGGAGACAUUCGUUCCACCACCACCACACAAAGACUACCUCCCAGACAUCACUGGACCCGACCCUGAGGCGGACUACGACCCUGAGGAGGAGGACCCGGGCGGACCCGAGGAGGAGUACGACGACUAUCAGGAGAACUUACACCAAAUGGACUGAAGACGACGGCAGGCGGUCGCACAAGAGGCUAACAAUUCUCACCUUUAUUCUCACCGAGGCACGACAGUCGAGGCGUAGAUGCUGGGCAUGGAAAAAAGUGUGCUGGACGGGGGAGGAGCGCCCCGAAUUAGCGUGGAUAAACUUAACAGGGAUAAUUUAACACUCAAGUAAACAGCCAUUAACCCAAAUUCCAAAUAGGAUGUGGCGCAAUUCCGUGAAUCUCCGGCACACGCCAGUGCUACCAAUAACCACUCCUAUACAUAUUCAAUGUAAUUCUUCUUGCAGGGAAACGCCAUUGAUGAUUAUUGAAUGCCACAAGAAAAUGAGAUUUCUGCUUGUUAGAUAUUAGCUCGUAGAACCAAUUCAUCACUAAGAUAAGAGAGUAUUUUGUUUGUUUUUUUUUAUAUAUUAGAGCAAUUCAUCUCCAGAUUUUGUUGUAGUGAGAGAAAAAUAAUGUUUUGUAAAGUGAGACUGCAUUUAGUGUUUCUUCCCCCUCCCCCAUCUUCCCUGUCAGUUCCUAUCCUUUGUCAGAUUUUCACUAUUUUUUAUAAAGCACUAUUUAUGGUAAAUAAAGAGGUCUUUUUAAAUCUAUAAAUACAGGAAAUAAAAAUGUCAGCUAUUUUUUAAAUGGUCUAGUGUGUAAAAUUGAUACAAUUGUUGCUAUAGUUCUAGUUGUAUUCUAUACAAUAAAAUGUGUCACCAGAAAAA